AUGGCGACCUCCUAUGAGACAUUCUCUCAGACCUUCAAAGUCGCGUUGAUCCAGCUCCAUCCCAAGCCUCUCGAUCUGGAAUACAACUUCUCCGCUGCGUCGGCUUACAUCCGCGAUGCCGCUGCACAAGGCGCCUCGCUAGCAGUCCUGCCCGAGUAUCAUCUGACGUCGUGGGUCCCAGAAGAUCCGCAGUUCGCCGUCCUGGCCCAAACCGCUUAUCAAUACGUGCCCAAGUAUCAAGCGCUGGCGCGUGAGUUGAAGAUCAACAUAGUUCCAGGGACCAUUGUCACCAUUGAUCCAAAAUCGCCACCUCCGGCCACCAGCAAUGGAACGUCUGCAGACUCGAAAAACCCGCCGGUUCUCCUCAACAUCGCCCCCUUCAUCUCCUACACCGGCGAGCUUUUAGGCAGCUACACCAAAGCCAACCUAUGGAUCCCAGAGCGCACCGUCCUCACGUCAGGCCCAGCCUCCGUCAAGGCUAAUCACCAUCAUCUAUCGACCGAAGAAGGCCCGCCUCCACAGCUCAACCCUCACUCUAUAAUCGAAACUCCCCUUGGUCCGGUCGGCAUUGUGAUAUGCUGGGACCUCGCGUUUCCCGAAGCCUGUCGUGCUCUGGUCCGCCAAGGUGCACGCCUGAUCAUCAUUCCCACCUUCUGGACAAGGGACGAUCUCACCCCGGAAGGAAGAGCUUAUGGGCCGGAUGUGGAUAUCCAAUUUUUGAGCUCGGCCCUUAUUACACGGUCAUUUGAGAACACCUGUGCCAUUGUCUUCGUCAAUGUGGGCGGCCCGAAGUCCGAGGGCUACGCCGGGUUGAGCCAAGUGGUGUUGCCGCUGGUUGGCAAGGUUCCUGGAUCGUUUGAGGAUGGUGAGCCAGGGAUGAAGAUUGUGGAGUGCGAUAUGAGGACGGUCGACGUGGCCGAGGAGAACUAUAAGAUAAGAGAGGAUCUGAAAAGAGAGGACUGGCACUACGGCUAUAGCCAUGGCAAAUGA